AAGAGAUUAAUUCGUACAACACCGUAAAACCGAGAGAAGAAGAGAUGUUUGUUUGACGUUGUCGUGUAACGUAAACAAAUACAAUGAAAACCUAUGGAGCUUUGUUCCUCACUUUAUCAUGUGUUUUGCUUGUCUACUUAAAUUGCUGUGAUGGAAAAACCUUUGAUGUAAAACUUCUGGAAGAACCUUCAGGUUUAUGGAGUCAUAAUGAGGAAGACAAACCUCUGGUUAUGCAAAUAAAUCCUGCCAACUUCAGUGGACCUCCCCAUUUUAGGUCCCUCAUUGGCAAAUGUUUCAAUAAAUCUGAUAAUAUGUACCAGUAUAAAUUCUGCCCUUUCUUCAAUAUAACUCAGCAUGAACUUUCUCUGAGAUGGAAUCCUUACAAUGGUAUACUCGGUGUAUGGCAGAAUUGGGAAAUUGCUAACAAUACAUUUACAGCUAUGUUACUAAAGGAAGGCGAUGCAUGUGGAACUGUCUCACGUACAUCACGAGUUGUCUUUGAAUGUGCUCCAGAACACCGGCUAAAAAAUGUUUCAGAACCUCGAACAUGUGAAUACCUAUUUACAUUCCAAACUCCUUUUGUAUGUCAUCCUAAUGCAAUGUUGGUCUACCCAACAAUGGAGGACCAUUUGAGAGAUGCUUGGGAUGAGCUCGAAGGACAAUAUGUUCGUGAAGAAAUUACUAAAAAGGGGUACAACAAAGAACUGACCAAAAUAUUUCAGAGAGCUGGUUUUAUUCAGACUAAUACAAAACCAUUGAGUAAAAAAUCAAAUGAUAUGCUAUCAAGUAACAAUAGCAAUACUGGAAAUAAUCAAUUCACUUCGCUUGAGCAAUGUACUGCGGCAUUUAAUAUACUUCAAGCAGAAAUUGAGGGUUUACGCACUCUACUAAUGCUGAAGGAAGUGAAGAGUAGUAAGUCUUAUUUCAAUAUUAGUGAGCACCACAGAGGAGGAAAGAUACCAAUGAACUGACACUAUGACAACAUGGCAAACACUUAUCAUUCUCCAAAAGCAAAUGAGCUCAGUGCCUGGACACGUUACAAGUUUCCAUUCUUUAAACAGAAGAGACCGAAACAAUACUUUUGAUUGUUAAAUUAUUUUCUUUCAUUCUGAAGUACAUGAUACCUGCUAAACAACGUUACUCAUUUCUGCUGACUAACUGAGAAAAAAAAAAUACAAAAGACUUCAUAUUUUCAUCAGAAUAAUUUGAAAGAAAUUUCCAUGUCACCAACCCCAAUCUUUGGGAUUCACAAAUGAAUGGCAUCAUAUUUAUUGAAUAACUACAUCAUCAUCAUCGUUUGUGUAUAUUGAAUGUAUAAACUUCAAAAAAUAAAUUUAAAGAAAUAAACUAACAAUGUUCAUUUA